GACAAUUUUCACCAUUGGAUAUUCACUUCCUUGUUGCUCUAAGCAGUUCCUGCUUUGAGAAUGUGGAGUAAGAGUUCUCCGUGAGCUGAAGCCUUUCAGCACUAGGGAAUCCUUAACGUUAACGUCAACUAAAAUUGUAAAGGAAUAUUCUUCCGUUGAAUCUUCAGCGUUGGGAAUAAAUAAAGUUAAUUAUGUGUGCCUAUUUUCAGUUGGUGCCUCCAUCGUGGUGAUCACCGUCAAGUUGUUUUGAAAAGGUAUGUUGCUUCAGUUUGUUGGGCUCUUUUAUUUUCAAGAGUGAUGUAGACCGCGAGCGAUUGUUCUUCUUUCCGCUGCGGCAUAAAAAUAUGCAAAUUGAUGGUAAAAAGGAGUUUGCUCUCGCCCUCGUUCUUUGCUCUUGCUUAUACGAGCUACCGCGACUCAAAAUAAAAAUAAGAGACUGCUUGCUACAAGCUUUUGUAGUUUCUUCUGAGAUUUGGGCGGAGACGAAAAAGCAGUAAAAAAGUAAGUCAAGACAUCCGCACUGAAGAGCUAUCAAGUAUUUGAUUUAUAGUCAGUCAAUUAAGAGAAGCUUAUCAAGGUGGUUUUUAAAAACAUCCUUUCAUUUCCUUGUAAAACUGUUUCAGUUUCUAAUAAUUAUUUAACUGGUGGCACUUUUAUCGGCGUUUAAAAUAAUCAUCGAUGAAGGAUUAAUUUCUGUCGUUGGAACUUCGUUAGCUAGCUACUAAGUCCAUCAGUCAACCAAUCGAAGACUAAUUAAAUGAUUCCGAAAAGUAAAAUAGCGUUGUUUUUUUUGCUAAUCGGUUAUCAGAGGAGCCUCUUUUCCCAGAAUAUAGUUUUUAAAGCAAUUAAGGGAGCAAUUUGUGUUCAUUCCUUGGCUGCUUUUUUUAGUAGAUUUCUGUCACCAUAUCAAACUAUUCAAGAAGAUGAAGACGCUGACGAUUUUUAUUUUUGUGAUGGGAACUUUGGCUUUUGGAGGAAUGGCAAAUGCAGGCUAUUUGAGUAAAUGUGCUGUGGUCAGGUCGCUGAGGAGUUAUAAUGUCCCGGAAUCGGAAAUGAGAGAUUGUAAGUCUAUAACUAGAAAUGCGGCAGUAUCGCAGUACCUCGGAAGGCUCGGGGAAGAAGGCCUGUAAAAUGCCAUGAAUGGGAGGGAGGGAGAGAAAUAUAGUAUUAAUGUGUAACGCUGGGGAGGGCGGGUUUCAACACCGGCUCUUACAAAUUACGGGGCUCAGAUAUACUCAAUCUCCUUGAGGUCAGAAGUAAACUGGCAUCCAGCAGUGCUCUGGCUUUGAAAAUGAUGAGAGAUUGAAAGUAGAGUUAAAACUAAGUCAAGAUAAUUAACUCAAAUUUAAAGUUAACGAGGCGACGGUAGCAGGGAUACUAUCUUGCCUGCAGCAACAUGAAAAAAACCUUUCGUAACUGGAAGCCGUGCUGGCACUUUCUCAAACAGUUCAACUGGACAAAAAAAUGGAUUUGCACAAAAUUGCUCAUGGUGUCUAUGUCGCAAAAUGCAAAACUGAGGAGCAAAUCUGGGACAAAGAUUUUUUGCAUACCAAAAAAAAAACGUGGUGUUUGCCUCAGAUUAAUUUUGAACUCAGUUUUUGAAUUUUUGCCACAUAUUUGCCAGGAACAAAUUUGUGCAAAUCCAUUUUUUCGUCCAGUGUUCACAGCGGAACAACCACAAGGCUGUUUAUAUAGCAUUGUACUAUUGUUGUCCAUAGGGCUUUGUUUGGUAAAACACGAGAGUAACUUCCAGUAUAAUGCCGUCAAUGAUGCGAACCGUGACGGAUCAAAGGAUUAUGGAAUAUAUCAGAUAAAUAGCAACUACUGGUGCGACCAGCCAGAUAAUACGAAAUACAGUAGAUGUUGGCAGAUACGUUCUCAUGGCUGUGGUUACCCUUGUUCUGGUAAGAGUUAACUCAGUAGAUGACCCUGGCAACGCUGAAUAAUGCCAAAUUCAUCUUGCGCUUCUAAAAUAAACACCUGUAGUGAAUCUUUUAAAGUAAGCAGGUCCUUUCUACUCUACGCUAAAUCAAGCAUUUUCUAAUUUAUAAAUUGUUCUUAAAUAAUUUGUUCGCUUAAAAUAACCAUAGCCUAUGAUCAUUUACUCUGGCUUGUGAUGUACGUGACUACUACGAUUUUAGCUUUAGAGGCUAGCACCUUUUACAUUGGUUUCUUUAGUAACCACUGUGGAGACUGUGGAUGGAAAAAGACUGAAGUGUAACCGUUCACUACGGCACAAUAUUUUUUGUGGUGUUUCAUCAUUAUUACUUUUUUUGCCGGGGUGGGGAGAGGGGGGGCGGGGGGGGGAUGUCCAUUCAAAAGAAAGCUGCUGAGCAGUCAGUCCUUUCGUCCUUGUUCUCUCUGGUUAAAAUCGAUCUUUGAGUGUAACCAUUCAAUGAAAGCUGCUGUUUCAUGUUUAUUAUGCAGUACAAAGGUGAUUCCCUCUAACUUUUAAGUCCAAUGGGUGAAAUUCUGUAAUGUGACGAUUUAUAGGAAACCUCUUCAGCUGUACUUUCACAAGAAACUAUUUGCUUUUCAGGCAGUAUUUUUCAAAAUCCAAAUGAAAUUUUUUUCCCUUUAAUUUAUAUAUUUAAGUUUCAGCUCGCGCUGCAUUCUGUCUAAAAAAAUAAUAAAAUAAAACAAAAGAUUACCAUGUCCUUAAUUUUGAGACUAGGAGGGUAUCUUCAGAUUAAUUUAUAGCCUUGUGCCAAAUAUAUUGGGACUGUUAAGACAUCGUCAUUUAGCUUUAGUCGGAUCAUUUAGUCGGAUAGCUUUUGCGCCGGCACGACAACCAUGGCGGAUAGGGCCUCUGUUCACACGUAAAACGGUGACUUCGACGAAAUUUCUGUGAUGGGGCGACUACCUGCGACCUACCGGUCGAUCUCUAGAGCGGGAGAGUCACAGACCAGAUAGGUGUUCUUAUUAUAUAGACACGAGUGUUUUACUGGAAAAUAUACCACUCGUAAAACUCAUAAAAACUACAUCCGGGACCCGAGUGGUUUAUUUUCCAUAAUCUCACACGUGAGUUUAUCGAUGACGUAAUUUCGGUAAUUUCCCUCCAAAAUUUGUAGGCGUCUUGCGUCCUUUGAAUUUUAAUUACACAUUUUUCAAAGCUUUACUUAUAUUUUGUCAUUGUAGAGCCCUAUUCAGCUCAGUGUUAUUUCUCAAGAUCAUUGUAAACAAUGUCUUAUAUUACUGUACUGUAAAUUUGAGCCGUCACAAUUACUUUUUGGCGAAUAAAAAUCUAUUAUUUUAUCGAUGUCUUUUUGCCUAUAUAAUAAAAAGAACAUUACACGGCGGCUUGAAGAUAUAAAUUUUAUUUCUCGUGGCAAAAACAAUAUUUUACUCACUCGCUGCGUUCGUUCGUGAAAUAUUGUUUUGCCACUCGAAAAUAAAAUUCAUAUCUUCGCGCCACCGUGUAAUAUCUUCUAUAUACUAUACCGCGAUGGCGCCCUUUCGUGCUGACACGAAAAGCUAUCUGGUAUAGUAUGAACAUAGCUUUAUCGCAUAAUAAUCUGGUGUUCCUGUGGCACUAAGGCAGAAAUUUUCGAGCUAUUGCGGACGACUGCAAAUUUGCCGCCCCUAUUAAUUUUAUCAGGGGCUCCUUGGCCGGGAAACUGGACUUCUUUCGACACGAUUUCGUUUCCUUAAUUUUUCCGUAAGGGUUGAUUUCCACUGACGCGUUUUUAGCUACGCACGUUAACGCACGUAAAUUUUAAUCACGCAAUAAAAUAGAGGCAAGAUAAAAAGUGCUGAGCUUAAACGGGAAGUUGAGCGAGGUUCAACUUUUACGCUUACGAGCGACCUUUCAUGCAUUGCUUCUAUUUUAUUUGCGAACGUAAAUUUUACGCACGUACGCACGUGAAAAUUACACGACACCGGAAAUCAAUUAACUUUAAGUGACGAACGCGGAUCUGUAAUCAAUGAUUACCUCUAGUUAUAUUGUAAUUGAUAAAUGCCAUUCAGAUAAAACACGCACUUUAUUUAUGCGUCGAUUUUUCUUUUAUUGAGUUGUGAGUUAGUGCGUUUCGUUUAUGAACAUCAAGUUUCCUUAUUUCAGUCGUGAUGUAAAGAAAAGUUUGUUUGUUAGCUGUUUUCUCUCUUUUAUUUAUUUAUUUAUUUGUUUAUUUAUUUAUUUAUUUAUUUAUUAUUUUGUGUUUCUGCAGCGUUCCUCGACUCAGAUAUCGGUGAGGACACAGACUGUGCUGUCAAAAUCAGGAGAUGCCAAGGCUUCAGCGCUUGGUGGGUUAAAUAGUGGACAAUAACAGAGCCCGCGGAGGGAAGGGGGAGGGGGAGGGGGAGGGGGGCCCCCUGGCCCCUUCACUUAUUUGCAAAAUAAAAGAAAAUGAUUUCUUAAGUUUUCACUAAAUAAGCUUUUUUGAUACAAGACUAAGGAUCUAGUUUUCACUCCCGUCUACGACAGGGGAGAAUAGAGCCAGAGUAAUUAUUGUACUUGAAAGGUUCAAACUUUAUUGAAAAUCCCCAAAUGAGACCCAUUGGCACGCAACACGUUUUCCUUUGUCAAGGAAAAGUUGCUCAUGUACUAUAAGACUGCAGCGGCUUCUAUCUUAGGUGUUUUUUUUUGUGGAUGAUUGUUGUUGUGCAUAAAAAAAUGUUCAGUCAUAUAAGAACUUUUAGAAAUCAUUUUAACAAAGUGCUACGACUCAUAAUCUCGAGUGCUUAAGAGUGGCGAGUGUUUUUUCAGUACCUCUAUUCUGGCUUGUUGUGACACUGAAAAAAUCAAACAACAUGGAUUCUCCGUACAAAAAAACCCUCAGUUCUAUAUUGCCUUAAAACCUGAAUGAAUCAAAAACAGUGAGAUUGGCUACCAGUUAAAUUAAAUUUCCACGAGACUGGCAUACGGAAUAAACGUCGUCGGUUAAAAGCUGUCUUCAACUUAAACAGAUUCUCAGAUGUAUGUUAAAGCAUGACCCGCCCGUUUUUAGGCCCUAUGCAACGAAAACAAUUUUUCCUAAUACAAGAAGUGUUCUUUUAGUCUUCAAAACCACCAAGAGUAUUAAUUUUACAUCUUUAAAAUAUGUUUUCUUUGUCCUUUUCACACAGGUAUGCAUGGCGAGACAACUGCCAAGGACGUGAUCUCACCUCUGACCGUGAUUAUGACUUUAGUCGAUGCUAAAUUUAUUUAAUUUUCUUGCAUUUUGAUAACACUGGGCUAGAAAAUCAUACUAUUUUAGCAGUAAGACAAUGUCAAGCUAGUCAGUACUGAAACACUCUUAUAGGCUACUCUUUUCAGCGC